CUGUGUGGAGCAGUUGUUAUUCCGACAUCAUACAUUUUCCCUUUUCCAACUAAUAAUAGAAACCUAACCAAAACCCAUGCACCAACCAAUAAGAACCAUCUCUGUCAACUACAAUGGAAUCCUUUUUGUUUCUUCUUAUAUGGGAAAUAUAGGGAAUAAUGAGUCAGAAGUAUCCAACUCUUCUUCUUUUCUUUCAAUUCUGUUUUGCAUUCUUGAAUUCUCAAUUCUGAUACCCCUUUCUGCCAAAGCAGCAGGCAACGCGCGAUUGACUAGAUGGAUGGUUCAGGAAAUGGUCCUAUUCCUCUGAAAACAGAAGCAGAAGAAAGUUCUUCAACUGAGUUUGAUGAGUUUGUAAAGAACAUCUCCAAAAUGUUAGAACACUUAGAGCCACCAUUGUCAUCUAACUGUUGUAUCUACAGGGUUCCUCCUAGACUUCGCAAAGUAAAUGAAGAAGCAUACACUCCUCAAGUUAUAUCCAUAGGUCCGUUUCACCAUGGCGACCCAAGAUUGCAGACAAUGGAGAAACAUAAAUUGAGAUAUCUCAGAAAAUUCCUUGAACGAACUAAAACAAGCUUGAGAAGUUUUGUCCAAGAUAUAAAGCAGAAGGAAGAUAGCAUUCGUAGUUGUUAUGCAGAAACCAUUGAACUGGGUAGCAAUGAAUUUGUGAAGAUGAUUCUGACAGACUCUACCUUUAUCAUUGAGCACUUCUUGAGAAAAUAUUUCCCUGACUUGCAAGAUGAACAUGAUCGCACAGUAUGUAAACCAUGGCGGCAAGGUGAUAUUAAGAAUGACUUAAUCUUGCUUGAGAAUCAACUUCCACUCUUUGUUAUUAAGGAUCUUUAUGAACUGGCCUUUUCCUCAUUCCAGAAUAAGUGCCCAUCCUUUCUUGAACUUGCCUUUCACUUCUUCAAGUCUUUUAACAAUCAGGGCAAAUCCCCUCAAGAAGGAGCAAAACAUUUUACUGAUAUGCUGAGAAGUUUUCUGCUACCUUGGUGCAAAAGUUCAGAACCCACGGAUGAUGAUAAAAUGCUAUAUAUUCACAGCGCAACGGAGUUGCAAGGGGCAGGAGUCAAGUUCAAGGUUAGCUCAACCAAAUGCUUACUUCGCCUGCAGUUUACCGAUCAAGUACUAGAAAUUCCCCGGUUUCGUAUUCACAGCAGGACCGAAUCCAUUCUUCGGAACCUCAUGGCCUUGGAGCAAUGUUUAUAUCCAUGUAAUACAUACAUUUGUGAUUACAUUUUUCUUAUGGAUUGUCUCAUCAACACUGAAAAUGACGUGGACCUACUCAUCGACAAGAAAAUUAUAGUUAAUGGGCUUGGUAACAGCAGUGAAGUGGCAACUCUGUUGAACAAUCUCUGCAAGCAUAUAACAUUAUGUGAAGGUUGUUUCUUUUACUCGAAGAUUUCUGAAGAACUGAAUAAUUACUACGAAGUCCUUUGGCACAGCUGGAAUGCAACCUUCAUUCGUGAUUAUUUUGGCAACCCAUGGCUAACUGCUUCAACCAUUGCUGCAGUUGUGCUCCUCAUACUCACUCUUGUGCAGACCAUAUUUUCUAUUAUUUCCUUGUACAUGUAACUUCAAUGCUUGUAGCCUUGUAGGGCGUGUCCACCUCAACCUACACCUUUGUAAUUACACAUGAUCAUUAUCAUCUACUCUCUUUUUCUUUUUGCUUCAA